AUGGUUCUAGAAAACAUCUAUCCAAAAUCUUCUCCCUUACGAUGGCACGAAUAUCAAUAUCUGGGGAGUGUAACUGUUUCAGCCAAGGGGAAGGUCUUCCUCACUUUCUUACUGACCGAUUGCCAAAUUCAAAUCCUCCAAGAUGAUGUUGCCAAGGAACAAGAAUCUACGACCAUAGAGGUUGAGUCUCUCACCAAAUACAGCAUCCGAAGGCUCUUCUUUUUCUUAACGCCUUUCUUUCUGUCUUUCUUUUUCCUUUCUUUCUUCAUCCCGUCUCUCUAUCUUUCUUUUUCCUUUCUUUCUUUAUCCCGUCUCUCUUUCUUUUUCCUUUCUUUCUUUAUCCUCUCUCUCUAUCUUUCUUUUUCCUUUCUUUCUUUAUUCCAUCUCUAUCUUUUUUCCUUUCUUUCUUUAUCCCCCGUCUAUGUUUCUUUUUCCUUUCUUUCUUUAUUCCGUCUCUCUAUCUUUCUUUUUUCCUUUCUUUCUUUAUCCCCUCUCUCUAUCUUUCUUUUUUCCAUUCUUUCAUCCCCCCUCUCUAUAUCUUUCUUUUUUCCAUUCUUUCAUCCCCCUCUCUCUAUCUUUCUUUUUCCUGUCUUUCUUUAUUUCGUCUCUCUAUCUUUCUUUUCCUUUCUUUCUUUAUCCCAGCUCUCUUUCUUUUUUCUUUCUUUCUUUAUCUCCUCUCUCUAUCUUUUUUCCUUUCUUUCUUUAUCCCCUCUCUCUAUCUUUCUUUUUCCUUUCUUUCUUUAUCCCCUCUCUAUCUUUCUUUUUUCCUUUCUUUCUUUAUUCCGUCUCUCAAUCUUUCUUUUUUACUUUCUUUCUUUAUCCCCUCUCUCUAUCUUUAUUUUCCAUUCUUUCUUUAUCCCCUCUCUCUCUAUUCCCUUUUCCUUUCUUUAUCGUUUUUUCUUCCUUCUUUCUUCCAUUUUCUUUUGUUGUUGCUUCCUUCGUCUUAAAUUUCUGAACAUAGACCGUUUCUUUCCUUUUUUGUUUAUUCCUUUUUUUCCUUCAAUUACUUCAUACUUUUUUUCUAUUUUCUUCUUCAUCAUAUCACUUCCCUUCUCGUCUUUCCUUUUUUUUUUCUCUCUCUCUCUCUCUCUCUUUCUUCUUCGUUCAUUUUCUUUCUUCUUCUUCUUUCCCUUGGUUUUUAAAACCUUUUCUUCGUUCUUUCUUCCUUUCAAUUUUACCUUUUUCUCACUUCCUUCUCGAUUCUUCCAUUUCAUCUCCCCUAACCCUAAAUCCAACCCCACCCAUCUUCACAUUCUAGUGCUCUUAAGUGCUGCGGCAAGCCGAAACUCUUCUCUCUCCGCUCCUUCUCCCUAUUAUUUACGAGCCUCUCAAUGCAGUUUGCGUGGCCAAAGGCUUAAUUUCAUUCCUUCAUUCGAUUGUUCUUUUUCUGUUUAUCUUUCAUUCUUUCUUUCUUUCUGUUAUUAUAUAUUUCAUUCUUUCAUUCUUUCUUUCUUUCUGUUUGACAUUCUAUUAUUCUUUCGUUCUUUCUUUCUCUCUCUCUUUUUUCUUUCUUUCUUUCAUUCUUUCUUUCGUUCAUUCACUUAUUCUCCUUUCGAACACUUUGUCUGUACCUUUUCUUUUCCUGUUCCCUCCUCUGUCCAUCUUUCGCUCUUAAAUAAAUUUCGGCUAACUUUUCUUCUUUCUCCAUCUCUUUUCUUUCUUUCUUAUAUUCCUUCAAUCUUUCAUGAUGCUUCUAUUUCUUUCUCUUUCUCUUUCUAUUCUUCCACGAGCACUUAUUCAUCCCUACAUUCUUGUCCCUCCAUUUUAUCCUUUCCUUCUUUUUGUUUAAGUUUUUCGUUGCCUUUCUGUCUUUCUUUUUUUAUAUCUUUCUCUUACUCACACAUUAUUUUUGUGUCUUUCCUUUCGUGGCUUUCUCUUGCUCACCUUUCUCUCCUUUCUCUAUUCUUACUUUCUCUUUUUUCUUUGUUGUUAUUACCUUUCAUUUUCCUUCUUUUUUUUUUUCACCCCUUCCUUCCUUUGCUUGUUACUGCUUCGUUCCUCUUUCUCUUCUUUCUCUUUCUCUUUUUUAUUUUUAAUAACAUUCUUUUUCUUUUUCUUUCUUUUAUAUUCAUUCUUUUGCUUGUUCUACUUUCACUUUCACUUUUUCCGUCCUUUCCUUCGUUUAUUCUUUUAUUUUCAUAA